AUGGAGCGGGUGGUGCUGGUGACGGGCGCGAGCAGCGGCGUGGGGCUGGCGCUGUGCCAGCGGCUGCUGGAGGAGGACGGCCGCAUCCACCUGUGCCUCGCCUGCCGCAACGCCCAGAAGAGCGAGGCCGCGCGCGGGAGCAUCCUGGCCGCCCACCCGGCCGCGCAGGUCUCCACCGUGCAGGUGGACCUGGGCAGCCUGGUGUCCGUGCUGCGUGCUGCCCGCGACCUCCGCCGCAGGUUCCAGCGCCUGGACUUUGUCUAUCUCAAUGCCGGCAUCAUGCCCAACCCCCAUGUGAACUUCAAGGCCCUCUGGCAAGGCCUCCUGACCGGCAAGGUGCUUCGUAUGCUGACUACUGCAGAGGGAAUAAUGACCCAGACAGAUAGGCUUAAUGGAGAUGGACUGCAGGAGGUGUUUGCUACCAACCUUUUUGGACACUUCAUACUGGUUCGACAACUUGAAUCUCUACUCUGUGGUAAUGAAAAGCCAUCACGACUCAUCUGGACCUCUUCCAGUAAUGCUAGGGAGUCUGCGUUUAGCCUCUCUGACUAUCAGCAUGCCAAGGGUCGAGAAUCAUACAGUUCCUCCAAAUAUGCUACUGACCUGACAAGUGUUGUCCUAAACAGGAAACUUAAUAAGCAGGGCCUCUAUUCCAGUGUUGUUUGUCCUGGUCUUGUUAUGUCUAACAUGACCUAUGGAAUUCUGCCAGUUUUCCUAUGGAAGCUGCUCAUGCCCCUCAUGUGGCUGAUACGUUUUUUUGCCAAAACUUACACUCUGACACCAUAUAAUGGAGCAGAAGCACAUGUGUGGUUGUUCAAACAAAAGCCGGAGUCCCUGGAUGCACUUGUCAAAUAUCACAGCUGUACUUCUGGACUGGGAAAGAGUUAUGUGGAGCCCAGAAAGAUUGAUGUUGAUGAAGAAACUGCUGAAAAAUUUUAUGAAAAACUAUUGGAACUGGAGAAGCAGGCUCUAGAGAGAUAUGAUGAUCUCUUAGAUAAGUAAGGCCAGUCUCAGUGGGUAACAAGCUUGUAUCAAAGAUGUGGGGUUUCUUCCUUGUGGUGCUAAUUGUGAUGCCUGCAGUUCUGCAGGCAUGUGACUUCAGAACCUACCUUCCUUCUCUGCAGAAGGUAAACAAUUCCUGAAAAUGGAAAUGUGAAACUGAGAAAUAGUCUUUCUGGUAUGAGGUUUUUCUGACAUAAAACUGGAGACCUGGUGUAGGUGGAGACUGUCUUAACACAGUUGCAAAGCAUUAUCUUAAAGCAUGACUGAACUGUACAGUUCAGGAACAGCCUGAAAACAUGUGGUUUAAAUAUCUGGCUUGGUGCAAGAAAGGCAGUGGUCUGGUGCUGUUCCAAGUCCUGGCUCCACCCAUCUUUCUAGAUGGUGUGGACAUGACACAUUACCUGUGGCUAAUCUUCAAGUACUUGAAGACCCAUCUUCAGACGAGCUGCUUUUCCAUUUGUACACCAAAGUUGGGGUCUGUUUUCCAGACAUGCUCAAAAAGAUUGAACCUUAAUGAAAGUCAGGCUCUUUAGAGUGUCUGAAGGAGAGCUUCUCAAGAGCUGGGUAGUCCUAUAAUGGAAAUAUCCCCCUUCUCAACUGCAACUUGAGGGAUACCUUGCUGUAAGAGGUGUGAGCAGUCCCUGGGUGUGGAGCCAUGGGUUCUAACCACAACUGGCUGGAAAGACUGCUAAACUGAUGUUAACUUGGUUUCAGAGCUAGUCUGCUCUGCUCAUAGCAAGAGAGAGGUUACCUUGUUUUAACUAUUAAUUUGUCUUUUUACUUACUGUACCAAGUAUUCUUCCAGAUGUUUAUCUUGAGAGCUUCAAGUACCUGGUGUACCUUAAAUGCUGCUGCAAAUAAAUAAUUGGAACUGA